CAUCCUCCAAAUCCUGUAACUUAUCAGCAGUAAAGUCACUUUCCAUCAGUCACAUACGACAUGCUGGUGACUCUCUGCACCCUCAUCUCUGCUCUGACAUGUGUAAGUGGGGUGACGGUGGUGACACAGAAGCCUCCAAUUAUGACGGUGAGGACAGGAGAGACAGCCAGUAUGGACUGUAACCUGGGGACUGUAACAGAAAGCGCUGCUCGCUGGUAUAAACAGAUUCCUGGUGGAGUCCCUCACUUUGUGCUGGUGUACUAUCAUGGGUGGUAUUCUGUAACUUAUGGCCCUGGCUUCUCCUCUUCGAAACAUACAUCUAAUUAUCAAAAAGAAUCUGGAUAUGAUUUCAUCAUCUACAAUGUGGAGGAAGAAGACUCAGCAGUGUAUUUCUGUGUAACAUGGGACAGCUCUGUGAACACUGUGGUAUUCGGACAAGGAACCAAACUGAUUGUGACAAGCUCCAGCCUCUCUCCUCCUGUCCUGACAGUCUUCCCUCCGUCCAGCGCUGAGCUCCAGUCCAACAAAGCAACUCUGUCCUGUCUGUCCACUUUGCCCAGAGAGUCUAAGGGUAUUGCAGAAGUUACCUGGUUGCGUGAGGGGUGUCCAAUGAGCGGUGAUAUCUCCACUGGCGCUGCUGUUCAGCAACCAGACCACACUUUCCGAAUCAGCAGCUACUUGUCCAUUACACCCUCACAGUGGUUCAAGGACAUAGAUUACACAUGUAAAGUGUCUUUGGGGUCCCAGAGCUCAGAGAGAAACAUGACCAUGUCUGGCUGCAGCAAAGAAUAAGGGCAGGCCAGAUGAUUUUCAGGCUUGUGCUGUUUUACAUUGUCAAGUAUUAGACAUGUGAAAUUACAUUUUAAAAUAAUGCCUGGUUGUUUAAGCAUUGCUGUGUUGUGUGAUUCCUUUUAA